AUGAGCAACCGACCCCAGAAGCGUCGCGCCUCUGGCGAACCUCUCCUUUCCCGCCCGGCGAAGCGAGGCCGUCAGACGGAAAUGAUGUUACGUCGGGAGAGAGCGCUCGCCUACGCUACCAAGCUGGCAGAAGAGCAUCCUCCCACGUGCAUCAAUGAAGACUUUGUUGCUGCGCUGCCCAGGAGACGACCAGUCGACUGGACUGCUCGCGACGAAGAGGCUAUCACACAGCAGUGGGAUGUCUCAAUUGUGAAGUCGUGUUUAUCCAAACGUUUCACCAACAGCCAACACGCAAGUUUGUUGAUUCUCUGGAAGACCUCUAUGCGAAUAUAUCACAUAAACCCUCUCAAGCUGGUCUCUCCUCUGUUCUAUAUGAGGUACCAAGCAUUGGGUCCUUCCAAGGAGGAUGACCAUGUCAUCUACUCUCCCAAGUUCUGCUCUGUACUGAGCUCACUCAUAGUUCAUCCUUGCUUCGAGGAGAGCUCAGGGAAGCUGAUACAGGCGUUACAUUAUGCAAUCGUUUGUCGCUUGGACGAUCGCCAAAUGUGGCCUUGUGAUCAAGACGUAGGAGCCGACUGCCCAGCUUUACACAGGCUGGUAUUGAAGCUGAAAGCCUGUGGCAGUUCGGAACCUCAGGAUCCCAUUCACAAGAUGCAUGCCGACGCCAGAGCGCGUGUAUUACAGAAGGGGAAGACACCGUCACCUUGGUCAGACUUUCUCUACCAUCUUGGCGAGAUUGUGUCCAAGAAUGAUACUCGACGUCCUGCGGUUGAUCCAAAGUAUCAUCGUGAGAUGGGCGAGGACGUUCUUCCACUCACACUAUGGGAUCUCUGCCAGAUUGCGAAAGCUAUUGAGACAUUCAAGUUCAGGACCCGUGAGUGGAGGUUCUCCGUCACUGAGGCGGUUUCAGCGUGGAAUCAGGUGAGGUCCGCCCAUGAGUCACCUUCCAUGAAACUGCUCCCUAGCUUCUACGAGCAUUAUACCAAGGACGUCUUCCGACUGAUCAGACUCACAAAAGCCGGCAGAGACUGUACGAUCCAAACUCUGCCUGAGUCUGAAGGUGAGGAAGAGUCCGAGGUAGAAUCCGAGGAAGAACAGGAACAAUCCGAGGAACAGUCCGAGGAUGAAUUUGAGGUUGCCACCUCCCAGGGACCUUCUUCGAACCUGUCCCCGGUGGUUGACCCUAACAGCCCAUUUCAUAGUACCGUCGCGUCUCCUCCUGCACCUCUUGAUGGCCGUCGCUCAAAUUCGCAUGAGCCUGAGGACAAUGGCAGUGAUGAUGAGAUGGCAGGUACUACGAAUUGGCUAGAUGGUGAAGUGAAUUCUCUGAUCACCAGCACAAGCCAUCUUGUACGUCCCGAUGUACCAGAGACUGUACAGGGUCAAGACCAACUGCCCAUGGAAGGGGACAUACAAGAAAAUGGCAGCGCAUCUCCCACUAUGUUGUCCACUCAUGACAGAAUCAUGCAUAGGUGUCUUGAGCGGGAUAAUAAGGAGUUGCAGCAACGAGUCCUUAGUCUCGAGCAGAGCAACAGGCAUCUCAGCUACGACGCUGUCGCUAAGCAGGAAAGGAUACGAUUUCUGGAAUCAGAGGUCGACCGCCUGUCCGAAGAUACCGGAAGGAGUCUUGAGGAGGUCCGGAUCCUAAGCGAGGAGAGGCUCGAGAUUCUUGAUAGAUUCGACGCCCUCCAAAAGGAUUUCGAUGACUUCAAGACUCAGGUAACAUCAAGAGUACGUGACAGAAUGUCCCCUUACAAUAUCUUGGGAGGGACACGUCGUCUACUCUCUGACUAUCAGAUUGCGGGUGAGAGUGACCAAGGCUACCAACAGUUCCUUGCAACAUCUCCUGCCAGACCAUCUCCCUCGCAAUCUGAGCAUCAAUCUGUUCCCGGUUCGAUCGAAUCUGUAGAGACUUCGAAAUCACGGCAGACAGAACAUCAACCGGCCUCUGGACUUGAUGUCGAGCCUGAAGGUACCUCACUGGUUCCCGAGACGGAGACCCAAUCUGUCUCUGGACACGACACCAGUCCCAAAGGUUCCUCAUUCGCUCCAGAGGGCGUGCCUCCAACACCCGUGGUCACACUUGAGCAUGAGAAGGCCUCAGAUGUCGAUGUUGUCAUGAACAACUCUGAGCCUGAACAUGAGCAGGAGACCUCCGUGUCUGAGAGGCCGACUGCCCAUAUUAUAUCUCCUGAGCCAGAUACAAAUAUGGGCAGUGAUCAAGCCAAUAGCCAUCCUGAGGUCGCUGAAGAGGCGAGGCACACCGUCGAACCCGUGCGCUCCAUCAACACCGUCAAGCCUCGACAGCAUGUCUCUCAUGGUGGUAUUGGCUCAAUUGGCCGUCGUGCUCCAUUCUCGAGCACAAUGAAGCACACGUUCCGUAUGUCGCGAGUUCAGUGGCUGGAACGUGUGGUUCAGGACAAGUCGUAA